UGAUGUGCCAAUCCUCUCGGGACCGUCGCAACAGUGGAAUGUACGGAUAUUAGCAAACAUUUUUUUUUAUUUAUUUAGUGAAGUGUUGUGUGUGUUUAUGAAGCUAUUAAUGAUAUAAACAAAACGAAGACAGUUAAGCGGACAAUACAUUAUUUUUAAGACCCCGGACACAUGACACGCUAAGCAAGAUGGUGGACACCCAACACUUCUGUCUCCGCUGGAACAACUAUCAAAGCAGCAUCACCAGCGCGUUCGAGAACCUUCGUGAUGAUGAAGACUUCGUUGACGUCACGCUGGCGUGUGACGGCAAGAGCUUGAAGGCGCACCGCGUUGUGCUGUCGGCGUGUAGCCCGUAUUUUAGAGAAUUGUUGAAGUCAACACCCUGCAAGCACCCCGUGAUAGUCCUCCAAGACGUGGCCUUCACGGACCUCCACGCGCUGGUCGAGUUCAUAUACCACGGGGAAGUGAACGUGCAUCAGAGGAGCCUAUCCUCCUUCCUGAAGACCGCUGAGGUGCUCAGAGUGUCUGGCCUCACGCAUAAUGAUGAUGCUCAAGGGCCGCUCGUGCAGAGCCUGGCCCGGGCCAACACCGCGCCCUCCCCGCACACGCCGCCGCACCCCGCGCACACCUCGCACACGCCGCACACGCCGCACACGCCGUAUACCGACAAGCUGGAGGAAGCCCUACUCCACCCCCCUAUCCGCCGCUUGCACGCGCCCCCCCGCCGCCUGUCCCGCUCCGCGGACAACUCCCCUGACGUCAUCAAGCGCGCCCGCCACGACAAUAACAACGAUCAGCCACAAAUACACGACUUUUCCACCAAGAAUCCCCUGCUGAACAACACAAGAGCUCACGAACAGCCUAACAACGGUAAUGGAGUGUCGAAUUCGCUGUCUCCGUCGCCGCGGCUGAUGGAUGAAGUCAAGAACGAGCCGCUGGACAUGAUCUGCCCGACGAACGCUGAUAUAGAUCGCAGCACUGAUGACACGCCGCCGCACUCCCAUCAUAGACAAAUGGGAGGGCCGCCAUCCCGCGCCAGCUCCGCCGACGCCGACGACCGCACUCCACCGCCUCAGAUGCCACAGCCGCCUUUCAUAUCGCCAGCCGACACUAAAAUAUUUGGCCCAUCACACAACUUUAACUACCCAAUGUCGCUCACUGACCCAUCGUCUACAUUGGCCGGUCUGCAGAGUCCCCUGACUGACAACAUCGCUGGCACAUCACAAGCUGUACCGCCCCUCCGUAUGCCCCCGCCCACCGCCGGCGGGAUCAACGAGCCGCAAGAGUGUCCCUACUGCCGCAGGACGUUCUCUUGCUACUACUCCCUGAAGCGACACUUCCAAGACAAGCACGAGCAGUCCGACACGCUGUACGUGUGCGAGUUCUGCCACCGGCGGUACCGGACCAAGAACUCGCUGACGACGCACAAGAGCCUGCAGCACCGCGGCUCCAGCGGCAUGCUGAAGCGGCUGCUGAAGACGUCGGCGCUGCACAGCGCGCUGGCGCCGGCGCCGCACCACCUGUUCGACCUGGGCGCCGAGCACCCGCAGCUGCCCGGCCUGCAAUGACCGCAGCCGACCGCCUGAGCCGCCCGCGACCACCAUGUGCAAUAUACGGACGAUGCCAAAACGCAGGACUCUGCCGCAUUUUAUUAAUUUUUAAUUGUGUAUUAUAAGGGUAGGAAAAUAUUGACGUUAGGUUUAAAAAUGAACAGUAUUGUUGCGACGCGGAGUCGCGUAGGGUCUUCGAGAUCGGCCUCCGCGACGCGGGCCUCUGCGAGAUCGACGUUCGAACGGUGUUCAAUAUGACAAUGUAAUUCAGAGCAAUACUAAAGUAUUCAUAUUUUCUAGUACUGCCAAACGAUGCCAACUAUGUUCUAAAGAGAAUAUAACAUUUUAUAAAAACAAUUUUCGAUAAAUUAAAUGUCUAGUGUCAAAUUAGAAUCGGUAACUGUACAAAACGGAACGUACAAAUUUUUAACAGUAAAUUAACAAAGAAAAUAUUUUUUAAAGAGACUUUUUCGGAUCGCCAAAUCUAAAUUUAAAUACAAAUUAUUUAGAAGUUAAUAACCAAAAUUUAAGAUAAAAAAUUAAAAAAAAAAUAAUGUUGUUAAAUAAAAUUUAAAGACUUCUUAGAAUCUUCGAAAGUACAAAAGUGUUGACGUCUAUUUGAACAAUAUUUGUAAUCUAUUUUGGCUUCGGUAAUGAUCAAUGUGUAAGUAGCCGUGCCUUCGUUCGUCUUCAUGCCAUUAAAACGUUGGUAGGGAUUUCCGAACUGUCAUGUGGGUUGGAAUGUGCGGUGUGCGAAGGUUGGCAGCGACGCGCCUCGCCUCGCUAGCCGCAAGGGGUGACAGAGAGAAGGCCGCUCCACAGGCGCCUUCGGUUGCGGGUCUUCGACGUGCGUCUGUUCGAUGAUCGUAUACGUGCGCAUGAUUGCAAAUCAUGUAACAAAAUUAAAGUUUUCUUCUGUAUAAAUUUACUUAGAUGUUAGGUAUUCAUUAACAUAAUUAUAUUUAAUACGUAUCCAUUUUCGGAUUUCUCUCUAUGAGUAUAGUGGUUUCUUAUUUAAAUGUCGACCAACGUAGCGGACGUCAAGUUAAUGAAAAUUUAUUAGAUUAUUAUUAAUAUUAAUUAAUUAUUACUAUUAUAUUCUCAAAAUUAAAAUCUUAAGGUCAACCAUAAGAUGGCUGCGGAUUGUAAAAAAUAUUUUAUUUACUUAUAUUGUAGGAAAUUGCUUGGAUACGCAUUUGUCUGAAUAUACUAGACGUACAUAUCUAAUCAGGGUUUACACGGACGAAUUCAUUUAAUAUCAUAAUAUUGAAGAUCAAUAUUGAACAUAUCACACGCAACAAAUAUCUAUACAAGUAUACAUAGAGCAGGAAAUAAGUAUUCAACACAGUGAUAACUCACAAAGCCAAAGAAAAUUUAAUGGGGGAUAUUUUGCCGACUUGCAUUUAUUUCUUUUAGAAUAAAACAUUCUGAAAAAAGACGAUAAAAUUUGUGCCAUAUCUCAAAAAGUAAUCUAAAAUUAAACAAAAUUAUCAUAUCAACGUAGAAGUGAGAGCGUUUCAGAAACCUUUUCACGAACCAAUUAAAAUGCAAUGAGAUAAUGCGGAGUUACUCAGUUAUCAAUGCACUUGUAGAUUACAUCGUUAACGUUUAAGUUUUUGCAUUUAUUUUGAACUCUUAAUUAUUUAAUUUCGUCGAGUAUGAGUAUGUACUUUAAGAUUGUUUGUUUAUUUUCUUUUUCGGAAUGUUACAUGUUCUUUGUGAUAUAAAUUUAUAAACUUUAUUUGGUUUAGAUAAUUUAAGUAGAACGUACGUAAUCAGCUCGGAUAGAUCGAUCCGGACGGCUUAAGCUUUUAUAAAAAGUUAGUUUAUUUUUGAAAUGGUAUCCCCAUUGUACCUCCAUUUUCGUAAUACCUCAGAUAUUUUGUUUUAUAUUAAUCUUUAUUUCUUGUUACUGGUUAAAUUCCGACAGAAGAGUGAAACAGUUCGGGAAUAAAUCAUCAUAGCAUCAUUUAGAGAGCUUAGUGAAGCAAGCGGGUAGCGUGAAUUGUAUAUAUGUUGUAAGUUAGAGUAACAAUCGUGGCAAUUGUCGAUCGGGAAUAUCGCCUCGUGAUAUUAUUAACUAAAUAGUGUUUAGAUAAAAUCAUUAACGGAAAGGAUUUUUAUAUAUUCUACUAAUCGAUUUAUUGAUAGUGACGUAGUCUUUUUAGUGUUUGAGUUUUAUUGUUUUGCUGUGCAAUUAUUUUCGAAACGUCGGCUGUUUAAGCUUAUUGUUAGACGCUUUUGUUGGAGGACUUUAGGAUAUCCUAAUCUAUCCGCUAAUUUCGUUUGUGAUUCCAAAUUUCUUGUCUAAAUUAUUUGAUCUCAGUUGUCAGCUGCGAAUUACAUCAAAUUGGAGUCAGCCGUUGGUUGUUAGGCUUUAAGUAAUCGUUAAGUUUGGUUAUGUGUCGGCAAAUUGUAGGUAUCGCAGCUCAAAAUUAAGUAAACGAUAAGAUGAUACAGCGAAACACAACAAAAAGUUAUUAUUUGCAAUUUAUACCAAAACUAUGCAUUUUUAUGUAAGAUGAUAAGUGAGAGAACUUCUUUAUAAUUAAACGUCGUCUCGAUUAACAUGUUAAUUUCGCUUUUUCGCCACUUUAUUUAUAUUUUAAGUUAAAUUGAAAUAUGUUUAAUGAACCGACUGUGUUACUAAUAUAGGUAAUGCACAAUAUCAGCAACGGAAUGCCUUCAGACAGUACAACUAGCAAUAGCCUAAGUAAAUAACUAUAUACUUUUUAUUACGGCGGCGUUGGGGCAGCGGUGUACAGUCGGCAGCGUAAGCGUGUCGAGAGGAACUUGUCGCUUUAAUAUAUUCUACGUAUUUGUAUGAAGUUUAGGAAUAAUAGCAUAUAAGUGUAUGCGACGUCUUACCUCCUCGAUACGCUCACAUUGUUGACUAUACACCGCCCGAUAUAUUUUAAAUGUUUCAGCAAAGAAUUUUAAAUAUUUCUAUAAAAAAAUAUCAGUGUCCCCCACACCGUCUUUGACAGUAUUUUAUAAACUUUUGCAUAACUACCUAACUGCCAACACGUUUAAAUUUAUUUUUGAACCAUAAAUCUUAAUAUAUAAUUGUGUAUUUAAUAUUGAAGAUUUUUAAUCGAUUUACAAGCUCACAAAACUUCACAAACAUUUUUGCUUCUAAUAUAAGUAUUACCUCCAAUAAUGUUAAGUAUUAUAGACAGAAUGUGUCGCUUAAUUUAAUAUAAUAUAGUCGGAAUGGGUCUCCUGUGUUUCGGUUAUUUGAUUCGACUGGUAUACGUCGUAUUGUAAGUUUUAUCGAAUCAAAUAAUGAACGCGAUUGUAUUUUAACGUCUCCAGUUUUUAACGACAAACAAUAAUAUUGAACUGUAAAUUUCAUAAUCUACUGGGUGGAGGCGUAUGGAUUGAAAUCUGCAGCGAAGUAUGAAAAAGUAGUUAGCGAGCAUUUUCCCUUUAGUCGUAUAAAUCGCUUGAUUUACAGGUAUUUCCAACUACAUUAAUGAAAACGACAAAACAUGCUUGUCAAGUAUUCGUAUACUAAUUUUCAUGCUUUGGCGCAGCGGCCACAGGAGACGAACUUUACGUUUACAGGAUGAGUCAAUAACACGUGAUCGUUUAUAUUUAUGAUACAAUAGUUAUAGAUAUUGUAAAAAUCUAAAAUAUAACAUUUGUUACAUAGAUUCUUCCCAUACACACAUUAUUUUGUUAUCCAUUUCCAUAUUUAAAAUGCAAUAGUUUAUCUGGCGACGGUUUAAUCUGUGGCGUUAGUGACGUCACACGCUAAACCGCCGCCAACCGGUACGCAAUAGUUAAUUAUUUUAAAUAAUUUUUAAUGCUCGAUCAGGAACGCGGUUUCCGUUUUAAGAAUAAAUCGACUACAAGUAAAGUUUAGGAUAAAAAUCGCACCGACUUAUCGACUUCUAUUGAUCACUUGUUUUGCUGACAGUACUUUAUAGUUAGUUAUCUUUCAACGUUGUUCGAUAGCUGUGCAACCGAUCCGUUGUUGUUUUUUGAUAUCGAUUUAUAAGUCGUUGAAAUUUCUAUUCUCGAGUCCGUAAAGUAUAUAAUAUAUGUCGUUAUAUUCUUAAGUCCAUAGCUUUAAUAUUUACAGUAUCUUCCACUAUAUUGUAAUUAUUAUAAAUACAUAGCAAUAGUUCCCAAUCAGCCACAAUACCUCAGUAAUUAUAACAAAUAACUAGCAGAUUAUUCUAUAAUAUGGAAUGUUUAUAGCUAUCGUUAAAUUAUCAUACAUCCGUUAACUGUUAUUACUUUUUUUGUUAUAGAUACGUUACUCUCUAAGUACCGUGUAAAAGGCCUAACGUUAGUCAUUUUGUGGAAUACAGACACCUAAAAUGGCUAGUGAAAAUAUUUUAUCUGUAUUCAACAAAAUGUACACGAAGAAAAUUUUUCAUAAAAAUUUGCAUCGCUUUUCGCGCCCCUUUUUCCCGCUUUUAUUUGGUCGAGGCCAGUGCUGCCAGUUUACGGUACAUUUUUGAUAAUCUGCUGAUUAACUAGUUACAUAAAUAAUAGUUCCAUAAAUCAAAGUGCACUUACGUCUUGUAAAAAUAAGAAUUACUUUAAUAUAUAUGUACUAUAGUCCCGCGGUCCUGGUCGAGCUAUCGUUGAAACCCGUCUGCAGUAACUAUAUAAAAAGUAUUUACAAUAUACCCACUAUUGACAUACGAUUUAUUGCUAGAAAUAACUUUUUAUCUACAGAAAAUGAGACAGUGGGCCGAUUUUGCCGAAAAUAAAUAGCGCUUUUAAAAUGCCAAAUAUUUUUACGUGUAGAAUGGCGAACUGACAAUAGGAUACAGUACUUGAGCUCUAAAAAUCAAAUAAAAAAAGUUUUGAGCACACGUGGAUACGCAUUUAUGCUAUAAUAUUAAGUUUAUUAAAAUUUACAUUAUAAUAUUUAUUGGUAAUUUAAUACAUUUUAUUUAUUAAAAUAUUUAAAUAAUUUAAAGAAAAUCGCACUGUACUCGAUUGUACAUCGAUAACAGUAGCGAAUUUACACUAAAAUUUAAGAUAAUUUUACACAUACAUUUUUACUAUAUUUUACAAUGUGUGCUUAUCUUGUACUGUACUUAGUUGAGUUAGUAAUCGAUGCAGGCCAAGCCUUUUAAAAUUAUUUUCGCCAUAGUGAUAUAGAUAAUAAAGUUUAUGUUAUUAGUUCUAUCUGUUUUUAGUAAAAUCGGGCCACUGUUACUUGUUAUGCUUCAUUAACUUUUAUACACAGAAAUAUUUUUUUAUGAAAGCAAUUUAUAUGUGAAUGUUAAUUAAGUGGCAAUUCUAAUUUUAACUGCACUAUAUUUUUGCUGACACGCUUAGUUUAAGAUUUUUAAGUAAUUUAAUGUAAUGCACGAUCUGCGUUUAGUAUCGAUAUUUUUUUUUCUUUUUAUCUUUUAUAAGAUUGUCUUAAGUGGUACGUACCCUCGAUUCAUAGAAACAUACACAUUUAUUAAUUUAUUGUAUUUAAAAAUUUUAUCGAGCGUAUGUGACAUUUAUGACCGAUUUGCCUCAAGAAAUAUUGCGUUAAACGUUAUAGUUUGCCAUCGUUAAAAAAGGAGAAAUAUGUUUUUAAAAAAUACAUUUAGUUAGAACGUUUUGUUAUUGAUUGAUGUUCAGGAACGUGAGUGGAGGGUGUAAAAAUGUUUCAUAGUAUUGUGUAUGAAUCGAUAAGGUAAGAUAGGACCGUAUUAUCGGCUCUAGGGAGUUAGAAGUCCUCUACGAUUCGUUGUAAGGGCAUCUUCAGUGAAGACACUUAAAGUACUAUUGUUGUAGAUUGUAUGGAAUUCGACUGUAUUGCUUUUUAUUAUCACUAAAAUAUUGAUGACCAUGCAUUCAUUGACGAACACUUAAAAAUAAGAAGCUUGUUUAAAGUUUGGCAAAACAAUGCAUAUUAUUUACAUAACUAUAUAAUUAUACAACAAUAAAACAAAGUUACUUACCCAAGUUCCCGGCUUUAUUUUCCCACCAAAUUUUCUAAUAAAUCAACUGUCAAUUUACGUUCCGUCAAUCUUGACAGCUACCGGUUGCGUUCAACAACAGAAGUAUUUUAGAUGUGACAAUUAAAUAUAACCAUCGUUGCAUAAUAAAGUCUGUUAUUAUUAGUUAAAACAUGAAGCAAAAUUCACAGUAUUUUAGUGGUAAUAAAAUGGUGGUGUCUUUACUUGUUUUGAUGUUGUUGAUAAUUGUGAUUAAGGAAUCAACUCGGGUUGCGAAGUAGGAACAUAUCAAAAGAAUGGAUUAGUACUCUAAGUAUCUUUGAAUCUGAUAUUUUAAAUAAAUUGAGUUGUUUAAAGCGGUCCUUUAUGUUUCAUACGAAAACUGUAUUUACAAUAAUUAUAAUGGGACAAACAGUUGGAUGUAAUAAAGGUAUAAAAUUUAAUAAACUCGCAGUGAUUCCAUUGAAA